AGAAUAAACCCUCUAAGCUUAUUCGGACCUUCCGCAAAUGCUGUGAUGAAUGAGGUAUCUUUUACCGCGUUUUGACCAGUCCCUUUCAGGCCUCUUCAAGCUGGAAGGACGCAACACUGAGCUAAGAAACGCAUAUGGUGUCGUAGGUCAACUGACAGCUCUUCAUUUUGGUUUCUUGAUUUCAUAUGACAGACCCGUUUAUAGCGGGUGAUCCAAGGGCUUGACAAGGGCACAUAGAUACCGUGUGGCCAUGGUCUGCAUAGGACAUCGCAGCACAUGCACAUACAGAUCUAAGCUCUUCAAACCCCCAUUGCUGUGGUGAUGCGAUCACUACGAAACACGAUGGUCGCCCAGCAAAUAUUUACCACGUAGUAGAUACUCCAUUUCUGGCGCAUACGUUCCUCCGAGGAAUGAAUGAAAGGGUGUCAAUAACCACCUUCCACCCGGAGAAUACAGCGCCAGCGCUGUACUUGCUUGGGCCCCGAAACGAGCUCGGAUCAAGAUCAGACUUCGGCAAAGUUUCGCCUAAGCGUUGCCUCGUCGGUGAGGCAUAUAUAACGACGGACGGAAGUUCCACUGAGUCCAUCCCGACUCGCCUCCUAUCCGCCUCCUUUCCUCGUUUUCGUCAUCAUUGCCACCGUCAGCUACAUAACAGCCGUCACUCAUUCUUCUCCAAGGACACUGCUCAUCACACUGAAAAAGAUGUUUCCCUCCUUCACUCAACUCGUUCCCGUCGCGCUUGCUUUCGCGAGCUCUGCUUUCGCCUCACCCACGUUGCUCGCCACCCGCACCUCGUCCUCUGACAUUGACUCCUACCUGAGUGCUCACAACACACUCCGUGAAGCUCACGGCGCCGUUGACCUCGUUUGGAACAAUACAUUGGCUACGGCUGCACAGAACUGGGCAAACGGAUGUGUCUUUGAACAUUCUGGAGGAUCGCUUGGGCCGUACGGUGAAAACUUGGCCGCCGGUACGGGUGACUACCCUAUCGCUUCCGGUGUAGGUGCCUGGGCUGCUGAAGCCACUCAAUACGACCCCAACAACCCUCAGUAUUCGCACUUCACUCAGAUGGUAUGGAAGGCUACUACCCAACUCGGUUGUGCAGAGGCUCAGUGCGCCAUUUUCGACGAGAGUGUAUAUGGUCCCACCAGUUACUAUGUCUGCGAAUAUUACCCAGCCGGAAACGUCAUUGGGGAGUUCCCUCAAAAUGUCCAGGCCUGAGACUCGUUCUUCGUCCUGGGAGUCUAGGCUUGUGUAAUUGAAUACUCUAUUCCGAAAAAGUACGACUGGACAGUGGACUGGUUUCUAAGUCUGCCUUGUUGCUCUAUUUGCUGUACUCCCUGCAUGUCAUAACAGUCGAUGUUCCAUCCUUUGUUUUCCAAACAUCUCUUGCUUCUUCCUUCCGUCGAUGCCUCACCAUGUUCACCGCCAACCUUGUGCAUCGACCCGACUCAUGCUCAAUGAUCAGGAUCAUUGAAGGUCCUGCGAAUCGAACUUGUCUCUCG